AUCAGUCUGCGCAGAUUUUAUCAAAUCGUUGCACAGCCAGAUACAUGAGGGCGGAAACAACAUUCUCGAAGGAUAGGAUGGACAUGAUAGCAAUGUCUGUGCAAAAUACUGCGCAGCACCUCCCCUUGAAGGAAUCCUGGAAUCAUCUGCAGCGCGUGAAGGGGAGGGACGGGCGCGCGAGAUGCGAUCUCAGAGACACGCGUUGCACUUUACUUUCACUCAUCUGCACAUCGACAUGAGGAUGGAGCUCGACUCCUCGUGUACUCCUCAUCAUAUCUGCUCAACAAUCCGUUUUUAAUUGGAAGCAGAGAAGCAACAAUUUGUCUGGGAUUAUUUUCACGUUUGUUAAGCACAAUUCUCCUAAAACAUGAGUGACAUCUACGAGUCUGCAGCCAAUUCUCUGGGCUUGUUCAGCAGCCCUUGCCUGACCAAAGUGGAGCUUCGUGUAACCUGCAAAGGGAUUUCAGAUAGGGAUGCCCUCUCUAAACCUGAUCCGUGCGUGGUCAUCAAAAUGCAGUCCCAUGGCCAGUGGCUGGAGGUGGACAGGACAGAGAUCAUACGGAGCUGCAUUAACCCCACGUUUUCCAAAGUCUUCACCCUGGACUUCUACUUCGAGGAAGUCCAGCGUUUACGUUACGAGCUCUACGACAUCAGCAGCAGUCACAAUGACACGAGAGAUGCCGACUGCCUUGGAGCCAUGGAGUGCACACUCGGCCAAAUCAUCUCCCAGCGAAAAUUCACCAAAUCCCUGCAUAAACACGGCAACACAGUCGGGAAGUCUUCAAUCACGAUCACCGCAGAAGAGCUGACGGGAAAUAAUGACUAUGUCGAACUUUCCUUCAGUGCCAGGAAGUUGGAUGAUAAGGACUUCUUCAGCAAGUCUGAUCCAUUUUUGGAGAUCUACAGGGUAAAUGAUGACAACACACAGCAGUUGGUGCACAGAACAGAGACUGUCAUGAACAACCUCAAUCCUGUGUGGAAAACCUUUAAAACGUCCCUGAACUCGCUCUGUAGUGGAGACCAUGACCGAAUACUGAAGUGUACAGUCUGGGACUGGGAUUCGAAUGGAAAGCAUGAUUUCAUAGGAGAAUUUGAGGCUACCUUCAAAGAAAUGCGGUCAGCGAUGGAUGGACGACAGGUCCAGUGGGAAUGCAUAAACCCUAAAUAUAAGGUCAAGAAGAAGAACUACAAGAAUUCUGGGAUUGUCAUUUUAAAUCAAUGCAAGAUAAUUAAGAUGCAUUCUUUUCUGGACUACAUUAUGGGUGGUUGCCAAAUACAGUUUACAGUAGCUAUCGAUUUCACAGCGUCUAAUGGGGAUCCGAAGAACAGUUGUUCGUUACACUACAUUCACCCCUACCAGCCGAACGAAUAUCUGAAAGCUUUAGUCGCAGUUGGGGAGAUUUGCCAAGACUAUGACAGUGACAAAAUGUUCCCGGCUUUUGGCUUUGGUGCUCGGAUCCCUCCGGACUUUAAGGUUUCACACGACUUUGCUGUCAACUUUAAUGAGGACAAUCCUGAAUGUGCAGGUAUCCAAGGUGUGGUUGAGGCCUACCAGAACUGCCUUCCCAAGCUUCAGUUGUACGGUCCCACAAACAUCGCUCCUAUAAUCCAGAAAGUGGCCCACUUUGCUUCUGAGGAGAUGCACACCAAAGAGGCCAUGCAAUACUUCAUCCUUCUCAUCCUGACGGACGGCGUCAUCACAGAUAUGGCGGACACAAGAGAGGCCAUCGUCCAAGCAUCUCACCUGCCUAUGUCCGUCAUCAUUGUGGGUGUGGGAAAUGCAGAUUUCACCGAUAUGGAGAUGCUAGAUGGCGAUGACGGGAUUCUUCGUUCGCCCAAAGGAGAACCAGUGUUGCGUGAUAUUGUGCAGUUUGUACCGUUUCGCAACUUUAAACAUGCUUCUCCCGCCGCUCUGGCAAAAAGUGUCUUAGCCGAGGUCCCCAACCAGGUGGUGGAUUAUUACAACAGUAAAGGAAUCAAGCCCAAGUGCCCCAUCGAGUACGAGUCUUCCAGGACGUUCGGUCACUAAAGCGUUGAACCCACGAGCUGUCGCUCGAUCCCCAAAAUAGCACGUUUCUGUGAAUUUGAAAAACAAAUCUGUUCUACUCUAUUGCAUUUGCAUGCGUAGACUGUGAGACUUGCAUAAGUGUUGCAAUGCUACCAUUCCUAUGAUGUACAUGCGCACAUGUACAGACCCGAAAUGUAUGAAGAGAAGCACCAAGAUGUCUGACCUAAGCAUGAUGACUGGGACUUAUUUAGUGUGUGGAUUAUCUGUUGGUUUCUUUUAUAUAAAAGUUUAUUGAGAUUUUGCUAAAUUUCGUAAUGUUCUUACAUUGUAAAGCAUUUUGGAUCCUAGAGAAUAGCUACUUGAAUUAGUUAUAUAUGACUAUAUAUAUAUAAUAUAUACAGUAAGUGUGGAUAUGAUAUGCUUUAUUUCUCUCUGUAUAUAUUUUUGUCCUAUUUUACAGAUUCAGGGCCAGGUGCAUGAUUGUAUUUUGCAUGUUAAUAAAUAAACCAGCCUUGUUUUUUAAUGGUUCCCCUGGGGCUAGCAUAUUAUUCAUUGCGAUGCUCCUCUCCUAACAAUGUCCACAUGCAAGACUUUAGAACUUGAAGUAUUUUUCGGUAGUUUUAAGUGAUGAUGUACUGAAGACUGUUUGAAAAUAAACUUUGUGCUAUGAAUGAUGCAUUUGUGGGGUUUUAGACAGAAAUAUAAGUAAAAUAAAAUAUCAAUUAAAAAUG